GUCACCCGUCGUCAAUAACAGCGGCCAUACCUUUCCUCGCGCCUCCUUCCGAGUGGAAGCGAGCGACAAACGCCGCCAGGCGCAGGCAAAGCCAAAAAAAAAAAAUGGGGUGGAACCUUGCGGCAUGGCUAGUACUCGGCCGCACCGCGCAGUUGUUGGGCUCGCUGGUCUCGGUCGUUUCACACGGCUACUUUACCGUCCGGCUUAAGGACUCGAGACACGGUCUGUCGAAAGAGACCACGGUGCUCGAGUUGCUGGCCUGUCUCCUCCUGGGCUACUCGAUCCUGGCGCUCAUAAUCCAGCAAGCAAGCCGACGAUCCCAGAAGACGCGCUGGUUGAAGGCCUUCGUCGUCUGCGACGUCUUGUUGGUCGCCGUGUUGCUCGGCAUCAUCAAUGUUUUGGCCCGCGCCGGGCUGCCCAUCCACUGCGCUGGCUUGACGCGGGGACACCUUGACCCGGAUGUGGUCCCCUUGCCCGGCUUCACUACUAUUGGCUUCAGCGACGAGGACCCCGGCCAACGAGGCGAGCUCGACAAGUUCUGCGGGUUCGCCCGGCCGUACUACGUGAUUGCGAAUAUCCUCGUCUUCACAUACAUGUUCACUAUCACAGCGACCAUGCUUCACGUCCUGCAAUCCGAGUACACAAAAAACACAAAGGUUGGCGAGCUGCUCGAGUCCCUCGAGCGGGCCGAUGGCGUCCGACUCAAACUCGUGGACUCCUCGUCGCCGCCUGAGGAGUCGCAUUGCCUAGAUCCUCCCCCGCCACCCCCCAGCGAGGGUAUCAUCACGCGCACCACAUCCCUCCGCAGCAACUUCACAACUUCAACAACCUCCGCAACACCCUCGCACACCGGCGCUUCCGGGGUCCCCCCGAUCCCGCGCCGCCCGAUCGGCCAACCACCCGCACUGCCUAGGCGGCCUGUCCCAUCGACGUCCCUGUUCUCACCCUCCCGCGCGGCAAACAACCCCGGAGCGGGACUCGCGCCUCCUCCCUUGGGCGAUGACGAGAAUGCCGAGGCAGCCCUUGUAACAGACGGUAUGAGACAUCCACCGCGGGCCCAACAUCAUCACCAGCGCAGCCUGUCGAGAGAUCCCUCCAGCCAACCGGCCGCGUUUCCGCGAAUGCCCAUGCUCUCGGAAGAGGACCAGUCUGCGGACGCGGCCCUUGUUUCGGACGGUAUGCGGCCCAGCGACCCCGCCCUCCCGCCAUAUCAGCCGGGCAACAGGCGCAUGUCGGGGCACAGCGGGGACAAUGAGAUGCGCUUGAGCGGGUACGUCAAGGGGCAGACGCGGGCGCAGAACAUGAAGGAUUCGGGAGGGUAUUGAUUGCCGCUCGAUAAUUGAUGGUCACCUGAAAGAACAGGGGCCAGGGCCCGGUCUUAUUGGUGUUGGGUCAGUCGUGGGGGUGGCGUCAUGAUACCAAAUGAAUUGUUUCACUGCAUGCAUCAUCCGGAGUUUGGGGGGUCAUUCUGGGGCUUUAGGAGGUAUGGGCGGAUCAGGCUUCAAUGGACUCGGGACAUUUUUUGGCGGUUCAACGGCGUACAAACGGUCCAACGGUGUAUAAAAGUUCCCACGGGCAGGCACGGCGAAGCAGCAGCUUCUCGAGAAUUGAGUAUAUCUCUUGGUC